UUUCAUUACUCUACCCAAUCAUUCUCAUUCUACUUUCUAAUUCCAACUCCAUCCCAUCCUUCUCAGAUCUAACCUUCUCUUCACAAAUAAAACAAAAAAUUUAUAUAUUUAUUCAUUUAUUCAUUUUCUCUCUCUAAAUGCACGCACUAUGCCCAAUCUCCACAAAUUCAAGCUCCUAGCCACACAAUGCGCAAUCGCCGGCAGUCCCACCCGCAGUCCAACCACCAGUCCCGUUAUCCACCUCCGCCGCCGCAAAACCCUCCGCAUGUUCCUCACUCGCCCUAACGACCGCCGCCGUUUCCAUCCUCCUCCCUUAGAUCCACCGGAAACUUCCUCUUCCUCCGACGAAGUCAAAGUCCGCCACAAACUCAAAGACCUAUUCGUUUCCUCUCCGUCUCCAUCUCCAUCUCCUCCACCUACACUCCAAGACAACAACAACAAUUGCCAACAGCAACAUCAGCAGUUCGAUCAGAAAGACGGACUCCUCUCUGGCUCCACCGUCGGCGUCAGAUUCAGAACUGGAUCUCCUUUUCGUAGAUCCUCCGCAGUCGCGGCUCUCCGGCCGGUGUCAUCGGCGUUCCGAUACAGGUUACUGAGAAAAGCUUGGCGACCGGUACUUUUCACCAUCCCUGAGUAACGGUUACGGUUACGGUUUCUAUCUUACUGUGAUAACUGUACGGAUGAGUUAAAUUCCGAUUUUAUUGUUUUAUUUUUUUAAUUUAAUUUUUGACGAAAUAGUAAUAAAGUAGUUUUAAUAA